UAACAUUGUUUACACUGCCCUAUUUAUUUUUUGUUUACAUGCAUGGGUUCAAUCAAAAAUAAAAUGACCUUUUUUCGCCAAAUAUAUUAUUUAUUUCUCACAACAUUCUAUUUUCCACAAAGUUUAAAAUUAUCUCAUGUCCGAACUGACACUCCAUACUUCAAAACGUGUAUGUGUUUUUGUCUAAUGGAGUUAUCCCCCCUGAGACCUUGUCGACUUGAGAGAGCUCAGAACUACACGUUCAUUUGACUUCAUUUUUGUAUCAUCCACUAAAGACAUUUAAAAAUUUCGAUAAAUGGGCUAUAUUCGUUAGCACACGGAUUUAUUGUUUUUACAACUUGUUGAUAUUAUUAUUAUUAUUAUUGCGUAAGCUUAACCGGCAUAACCAUCAAUAUUUAUAUUCUUUGAACAACCCUCCUUGAUUCUGAGCACCACAAGCGAGGCCGAUUUUAAAUUUCGAGUAAUUAUCUAUGGACCCCGUGACAGUGCCACAAUAGAAGUAUUAUAAACUGAUGAAAUAUAGGGUAUCAUUAUUUGUGCCAUGGCUAGAAGAACAGGAGAUUUAGCAGGAUUUAUACGAGGACUUGAAAAUAUUACCAAAGCUUUGUUUAAGUACGAGAAUAAUGAAUGGACACGAAUAUGGAACAAUUCCAGUGUGCGUACAGCUCUUGAAGAAUGUGGAGUCAAAACCAGAGAUGUCUACAGUUCAGCUCAGCAGCAAGCAGAAGACUUUCAGUCGAAUGCAAAAGCAAAAAUGUCAAAGUUUUCUGAAGAAGCUAAUAUCAUUGUUGAUAUUGUGAAGGAAAAACCACCAAGCAAGUCUGACACCAGAACACAAUCAGAUGAUACUGUUGUGAAAAGUUCCAUCCUAGAGCAGAUGCAGACAGACCAACAGUCUGACAACAGUGCUAUCACAAAUGAAGCAUCAUACCAGACCAUUCACAGUACAGAGAAGACCACUUUGCACGCGAAAAAAACAAAACCUGCAGAAACCAGUGUCAAGCAGACUGCAGCAGAGACUUUGAAAGUGUCUGUUAAAUCAGAGUCACCAAGGCCUGUGAAAAAUAUACAGACUCUGAGUUCAACAGCUCGAGAGAGACGUGUUCCAGCAUCACGAGUUAGUCGGCUUGUCAAUUAUGGAGGUUUGGCAGCUGGUUUGGGGCUUGGAGCAGUAGCAGAAAUAGCCAGAAGAUCAGUGGGCUUAGGAGAUAAAGCUGCUGGAACUGGUAUUUUAGAUACCAGCCCUUUUUUGACACAUGCAAAUGCAGAAAGAAUUGUAAACACAUUGUGCAGGGUGCGUGGAGCAGCACUCAAACUAGGGCAGAUGCUCAGUAUCCAAGACAAUUCAUUCAUCAAUCCUCAGCUACAAGCAAUUUUUGAACGGGUUCGUCAGAGUGCAGAUUUCAUGCCUUCUUCACAAAUGCUGAAAGUGUUGAACAAAGAAUUGGGACCAGACUGGAGAAGUAAGGUGUCUUCUUUUGAUGAAAAACCAUUUGCUGCAGCCUCCAUUGGACAAGUUCACCUGGCAACGUUGAACAAUGGCAGAAAAGUGGCAAUGAAAAUACAAUAUCCAGGUGUUUCCAAAAGUAUUGACAGUGAUAUCAACAACCUAAUGUCUGUGUUGAAUGUCUGGAAUAUUUUACCACCUGGAAUGUAUGUUGAAAGUGUCAUGCAGGUGGCCAGAUUGGAACUAGCAUGGGAAGUAGACUAUAUCAGAGAAGCCAAGUUCUGUAGGCUUUUCAGAGAGAUCCUGAAGCCUUACCCUGAGUACUAUGUGCCUGAAGUGAUUGAUGAGCUCAGUACAAAACAAGUCUUCACAUCAGAGUAUGUUGAGGGUAUGCCAUUGGACCAGUGUGUUGACUUUGACCAGAAGACCAGGAACAAGUUGGGAGAAGCUGUUCUAAAGCUGUGUUUGUUGGAGCUCUUUAAAUUCCAAGUUAUGCAGACUGAUCCAAACUGGGCAAACUUUUUCUACAACCAUGAGACAGGACAGGUUUACUUGUUGGAUUUCGGGGCAAGCAGAGAAUUUUCAAAACCAUUUGUGGACAAGUAUAUUUCUAUUAUAAAAAGUGCAUCACUGGGUGACACAGAUGCAAUCCUGAAGGGAUCACAAGAGAUUGGCUUUCUGACUGGAUAUGAGACUAAGGUUAUGGAAACAGCUCAUGUUGAUGCCGUGAUGAUUCUGGGGGAAGCCUUUGCCAAGGAAGGGCAAUUUGACUUUGGUGCACAGAGUACAACUCAAAGAAUACAAAACUUGAUACCAGUUAUGAUAAGACACCGCCUUACACCACCACCCAAAGAAACGUAUUCUCUUCAUCGGAAGAUAUCAGGAGCCUUCCUACUCUGUACUAAACUGAAAAGUCGUGUACGAUGUAAAGAUAUUUUUGAUGAUAUCUGGAAGGACUACAGAUUUGGAGAUGUUGACAAACUUUUGUGAUAACAGUUGCAUUUAAAAUUUUGACUUCUGUGAUUGAUAACUAACUUUAAAAGUGAAUUUGUAUGCAGUGUUUGGAACUAAAUUUAUCAGUGUAAAAGAAAAGAUGACAGAACCAGAAAAUCCAUUGUGAAUGGCUUGAAUGAGGAUGGCUUGAAUUCUGUUUACAUGUUUUCUUGUUACAAGGCAUAUCCAAGGAAAGGUGCCAGGGUGAUCUGUCCCUGACCAAAAUUAUUUUUUUAACAAUAAAAUGCCUCAUUCUUGAA